UGACGAUGCGCUCGGGCAAGUUUUGCUUCUCCUCUCAAGCGCACGAGGACUCGCCUCCGUCGCCUGCUCGGGGAAGGGGGUGAAGAAUUCCGAGGGGAAUCCAGCCUCGCCCGCCCGCCGAACCGCUGGCCGCUUUCUCCAGGGGGCGUGGGGAGAGCUGCCGCUGUCCCCGGGGCUCGGGUGCCAGUUUCUCCGAGGCCGGCGGCAGGCGUAAUGGAUAAGUUCAAUAAAAUCACAGUGCCUGCUGGACAGAAGCUCAGGCAACUUCAAAAGAUAGUACAUGACAUCAAGAAAAAUGAUAGUGGAAUAAUGAGCAAGUUCAAAAAGUUCCAAAAUGAACAAGUGGCCAUAAUAUGCAAAACUGGAAAAAAUACUUGGGAUCGACUGACAAGUAAACCACCACCAAGUGUACCACCAGUAGAUUAUGUUCCAGAUCAUGCAGAGGAAGAGGAACAGUGGUCAGAUGAUUUUGAUAAUAGUGAUUAUGAGAAUCCCGAUGAUCAUUCUGAUUCAGAAGUAUAUGUGGUUCCCAAUGGAGACAAUGGUGAUGACAGCUACGAGCCCCCUCCAAGUGAGAAGGAAAACAAGAAGAUACCUACAGCAUUCUCAAUUUCCAGAGGAGAAUAUGCAGACAACCGAUCUAGCCAACAGCAGCGUCAGCCCAUUGCCAAGCCGCUGCCUACUCUGCCAGGUCAGCUUUCGUCCAAACCAAAGCAACUGGCCUCUUUGCCACCUGCAUCUGUUGCUCUGAAGCCCCAAAUCCCUCCGAAACAACAGGAAUGCCCUGAAAAUGAGGCAGAUUAUGUUGUACCUGUUGAUGAUGAUGAUGAAGAUGACAAUUACAUUGAACCUACUGAAGAAAGCCCUUCACAACCUGUAAAACCCCCAGUGGUGAACAGAUCUAUCAAGCCCACAACAAAACUUGAUCUUCCCUGUUCUUCAGUGUUGCCUGCUGCUCCUGUGUCACCUUCCAUGCUAGAUGUCUAUGAAAUUCCUGAGGAAGAGGAAAAAUCAUCACCUCCAUUAACCAGGAUUUCCAAGCCACUUCCUCCAAAGCCUGUUCAGAGACCAGGAGGACACAACACAUCCAAAGAAUUGUCAAAGUCAGAUACAUCCAGAAAUAUUUUGCCUCUGCCAAGAAGCCAUCUUCAAAUGAAAGUCGAUCCUGAUGGCUUUGAAAUGCACAGUGAUGAAAGUCACAGCAGCAAUGGAACUCAGGAAUCCAAGUUUCCUUCUGGUGUGGUACCAUCUCCAUUUCCAAGGAUGACGAAAAAACCACCAAAUCCAGCAAUCCCCUCAAAACCAAGCCUUCCUAGCAGAGAUCAUCUAACUAUGAAUGAAGAUAAACCUAUACCAGCUGAACGUCGCCGGGGUUCCAACCAUGAUCUUCCUCUUCCACCAAUACCGUCUAAUCUUCAUAAACCACUGCCACAAAAGCCACCGCUUUCUCUAAGAUCACCGGAUCCCAUGAAUCGCAUCUUAGCUAUGCCACGCAAUAGUAUUUCUAAUACAACAGAACAGGAUUCUAGCAUUCAUGGUAAAGCAUGGUAUAUGGCUUCCAGUGACCGAAAAGCAGCUGAGGAUGCAUUAUACAGAUCAAACAAGGAUGGAUCUUUCCUAGUAAGAAAAAGUUCUGGACAAGACUCAAAGCAACCAUAUACACUAGUUGUAUUUUACAACAAGCGAGUAUAUAAUAUCUCAAUUAGAUUUAUUGAGUCAACAAGACAAUAUGCUCUAGGCAGAGAAAAAAGUGGCGAGGAGCGCUUCAACAGUGUGACAGAAAUAAUAGAAAAUCAUCAACGAAAUUCUCUCGUUCUCAUUGACAGUCAAAACAACACCAAAGACUCCACCAAACUAAAAUUUAUUACUAGAGUUUGAUAACUGUAUUGAGAACUCGACAUGGAAAAUAUUGCAGGCCUCACCUUUUCAGAGCGUUCAAGAUCAAGUAUUUGAACAAGCAUCUAAAUCUACAAUUAGAAGAUUUUUCCUCCAAAAGUUCUACAGAAAAAAGUCACUUUUUUGACAAGCACACACACAAAUUUAUAAGAGAACCAAGAUAAAUUUGGUACUGGUAGAAUUAACUAUUUGUGACUUUAAUUUUAUGAUGAUGUUAUUCCAAAUUCACACCUGAGCCAUUAUGUACUUGAAAUGUAUUUUUUUUCUCAUGGCAUUCCAAACUUAACAGAGAAGCAGAACAGUCACUGAUAAAAUGUAAUUAUUUAAUACACCUAAAGGAAUUGUACCUUCCAUAGCACACUCUUGCUAAUGUUAAUUUCUUGUGAAAUUCACAGACUUGUCAAACUUAAGAAUAUCUAUGCCAAGAUAAGUUACUGCUUGGAAUAAGUGAGAGGCAAGAUUGUUUUCUAGGACGAAAGACCAAGUCAGGGUUUCAAUAUGAUGUAAUAAUGGAUUUCAUAUUGGCUUCAGCUGUAUUUGUUGAAACCAAUGUUACAUUUUUUUAAGUAAAAGUACAUGUAAAUAUAGUAUUAAAAGAACUAAAUUUCUAUUACCAUGAA